AGAGACGCAGACCUCGCCGGUUAGCUUACAUACUAAGCCGGUUUCUAAGCUUAUCCUCUCUGUUCUGUUUGUUGUCUUUGGCGCUUUUUCCCCUCCAUCUCCUGCUGUUCAUCUAAAUCUCCUUCUUCUCUUGGCUAACGGGGGGAUUCUUAUGAUACCAAGUGGAUCUAACUUCUAAGUUUAGACAAGUGGAAAACUUUCGUCCUCCACUCACCUUGGCUCUGAGCUGCUGGGGUACAAGUUGGUUACCAGGAUUGCUGGCUGUCAUGCUAGCAGCACACCUUCUUCUGCAAUGGCCUCUUCUGUGGUUGUAUUUCACCACGUUGGCUACAGGAAGCUCAUUCCCUGGUUGCUAAGGCAACCAAGGAGGAUGGUCCCCCGCAGGAUCGGGGAAAGCCUUGGGCGUCCUUUUAGUGCGUCGCUGUGCUGCUCGCCUGCUGACCCGCUGCUGGCCGGAAGGAGGUGGAGCCAACUUUGCAGCAGAGCUGUGAGCAGCUCAGCAUGGGUCCUGCUUUUCCCCUGCCCCACCAUGAGACAGAGCUCCAGCAUCAGAGCGGAUGCUCCCCUCUGCUGGUCACUUCACAGCUCAGACUCGCUCUGCUCCUGUAGUAACAGGAACUUGGGUGCUAGGAUGUCAUCUUCCACCUCCAACAGCAAUGGACAAGGGAAGAGUAAACCUAAAUCCCAGACUCCCAAAAGAGGGAGCCUGAAGAGCAACACCAGCCCCGAUCUGUGUGGUGUGACGGGACCCAAGACCCUCAAGCCCCAGAGAUCCCUCCCCGGGACGCCAGUUUCUCUUUCUCAGUACCCAGUCAACCUGCAAACAUCCAUGGAGGAAAAGUACAAAGAGCUUGCUGAGGAGCUGUUCACACGCAGCAUGACGGAGAGUGAGAUGCGAAGCGCGCCCUACGAGUUCCCAGAGGACAGUCCCAUCGAGCAGCUGGAGGAGCGACGGCACCGCCUGGAGAGGCAAAUCAGUCAGGACAUUAAGCUUGAGCCAGAGAUCUUGCUGCGUGCCAAACAGGACUUCAUGAAAAUCGACAGUGCUGCAGACCUUGAAUUAUUGAAGGAGAAAAGUGUGGACACGGUUGAUGUGGGCUUUAAGGAGCGGGACAUGCCGAUGGAGUACCAGCGGGUCUCAAUAUCUGGAGAAGAAAAAUGUGGGGUGCCGUUCACUGACCUGGUAGAUGCUGCCAAAUGUGUGGCGAAAGCGUUGUUAAUCCGGGAGAAGUACAUCUACCGUUCCAUGCAGACAUUUUGUAAGACCGCAGCUCACGCCCUGCAGGACCUCGGGACGAACUCUCUGGAACUCAGAGUUUAUGAAGACAUGCUAGAGACCCCUGUAGACGCAGAUGCCCCUGUUCACCCACCUGUCUCAGAAACUCACCCCUACGACAAUCGGGACCCCAAGAAUAUGCCACCAGACACAGGAUAUGGCUGUAAGAUGGUUGAUGGGGUCAUACAUGUCUUCAACAAGAAAACAAACAUGGACAAAAGCACAGAACUCGACCUACCGUAUCCUGACCUGAAGGAGUACAUAGCAGACAUGAACGUCAUGAUGUCCCUUAUUAUCAACGGUCCAGUGAAAUCGUUUUGCUACCGCCGCCUGCAGUACCUGAGCUCCAAAUUUCAGAUGCACAUCCUGCUGAAUGAGAUGAAAGAGCUGGCAGCGCAGAAGAAGGUUCCUCACAGAGAUUUCUACAACAUCAGAAAGGUGGACACUCACAUACAUGCAUCAUCCUGCAUGAACCAGAAGCAUCUUCUGCGAUUCAUCAAGCGAGCCAUGAAGAAAUACCCAGACGAGAUCGUUCACGUUGAGCGGGGGCGCGGUCAGACCCUGCGAGAAGUUUUUGAGACCAUGAACCUGACGGCGUACGACCUGAGUGUAGACACACUCGACAUGCACGCAGAUCGGAACACAUUUCAUAGGUUUGACAAAUUCAACUCCAAAUACAACCCAAUUGGAGAGUCCAUCUUAAGGGAGAUCUUCAUCAAGACGGACAAUCAUGUGGAAGGAAAAUACUUUGCACACAUAGUUAAGGAAGUGAUGUAUGACUUGGAGGAGAGUAAAUACCAGAACUCUGAGCUACGACUGUCCAUCUAUGGUCGCUCCAGAGACGAAUGGGACAAGCUGGCGGAGUGGGCUGUCAACCACAGAGUGUACUCUGAUAAUGUGCGCUGGCUUAUCCAGGUGCCCCGUCUCUUUGACGUCUACCACACAAAGAAGCAGCUGGCUAACUUCCAGGAGAUGCUGGAGAAUAUUUUCAUGCCUCUGUUCGAAGUCACGAUAGAUCCAGCCAGCCACCCUGAGCUGCAUCUCUUCCUGGAGCACGUUGUUGGUUUUGACAGCGUAGACGACGAGUCCAAGCCUGAGCACCACAUUUUUAACCGGGACAGUCCACUUCCUGCUGACUGGACACAGGAGAACAACCCGCCCUACUCCUACUACCUCUACUACACCUACGCCAACAUGACUGUGCUGAACCACCUGCGAAGACGACGAGGCUUUCAUACGUUCGUUCUGCGACCUCACUGUGGCGAAGCGGGCCCGAUCCACCACCUGGUGUCAGGGUUCAUGUUGUCGGAGAAUAUUUCCCACGGACUGCUGCUCAGAAAGGCCCCUGUGCUGCAGUAUCUUUACUACCUGGCUCAAGUUGGCAUUGCCAUGUCGCCACUGAGCAACAACAGCCUCUUCCUUAGUUACCACCGCAACCCGCUGAUGGAGUAUCUGUCCAGAGGUCUGAUGGUCUCUCUGUCCACCGAUGAUCCCCUCCAGUUUCACUUCACCAAGGAGCCUCUGAUGGAAGAGUACAGCAUCGCAGCUCAAGUGUGGAAACUGAGCUCUUGUGACAUGUGUGAGCUGGCGAGAAACAGUGUCCUGAUGAGUGGAUUUUCACACAAGGUAAAGAGCUACUGGCUUGGCCCCAGUUACUAUAGAGAAGGUCCUGAGAGCAACGACAUCCGGCGCACCAACGUCCCUGACAUCCGUGUGGCUUACCGCUUCGAGACGCUCACCGAGGAGCUUCACCUCAUCACCCACGCCGUGCGCACAGACGAGCUGGACAGCAUCGACGAGGAGGACACGCUCACCAUGGGCCCCGUCUCUGGAGGACGCUGAGACGUCAGGCUCCACCCCCCGUCCUGUCUCUCUCCGUUAAUCCCCCCCCUGAGUCUGCGGCCCACUCAGCAUGCUCCUGAAACGUGAAUGAGAGAAAAAUCUGCUGCUCUUUACACACCACUGUAGAAGUCUGCUGUGCUGCUAUGGCUGUGUAGUUACGAAUCAGCCACGGUUUCAGUGCUGCCGUUGUUUUUAUUGAUGCAUUUCAAGUUUCCCAAUAUUUCUUUAGACAUUUAGCUUCAUGUCUGUUGCUCUCUUGCCAUCUGUUUUUAUUGUGAUAAAACAGAAGGAAAAACUGUGAUCUCUGAUUAUAGAUACAGAGUAGCCAUAAUUUCAAACUGGGAUCAUUGCGUCGGGUUGGUCACAGAGCAACUAACUUUGACAAAGCUUUGUGUGCGAUCCCACUUGUUAGUUUAGAAUCCAUCGUUUGCCGAGUUGCACUUUCAUAGUCAGUCUUCUGGGAUUCAAAUAAGCUCUAAAAGUAAUGUGCAAGAAAGAAACAUUCCUAAAAGCAAAAAGAGUUUGCUCAUUUGUUAUGUUUUAUGGUAGCAGAGCUAUAAAGAGCACAAAGAAAUGUGGAUGAAUGCUCACUGCAUUGUUGGAUUACAUCCAUUUAGUUCUUUGCAUGCUCUAAACUCUUCAUAAGCACCAAAAUAAAACCCUCACCGUGCCUUUCCAUUAUUACCUAGAUGCAGUGCAUGUCCAGUUUUUCCUUUCCUUCUUCUUCUUUGUGAAUCUCCACACCAGGCCUGCUGUUGGAGCUGAAACCCAGCCUGAAGGUUUUCAUCUUCCUCGCUACUUCAGCUAAACAAAUACUCUCCUGCAUGCCCGCAUGACUGAUGUGUGUGAGGAGAGAACAACCCGUUUACGUCCGACUGUCACAUAAAGCAACGCCAGGCCCGAUCCAAACUCUGCAUGGUGGAAACCAGCAAACCAUGCUGGGACACAGCGAAGGCUGCUGCACGGUUCUGUAGCAUCAUUUUCAGUAAUGGUCUCUUUCUGUCACUCCACACAAUUCUAGCUCUGAUCAAAUGGUGAGAUUUUGGUUCAAACCGGGUUUCGUAGCGAAAAGUAAUCCAGAAAAUGUCGGUAGAGUUUGCAGAGCUGUGUGUGUGUGUGUGUGUGUGCUUUAUAGAUGAAGAAGAAGAUAAACAGUUUUCAUUCUGUACGACUAUAGCAAUUUCCAACUAAUGAAGGAUGAUCUCAGAGGACUUUAUGUGAUUGUUAGAGUUCAAUUAUGUUUUUUAAAGCUGAAAUAGAAGUAAGAGCAUUUUGUAAUUCUCAGUAUAUUGAGGUGGAGGAAAACUCUAGAUUUUCAUUAUGUUUGUUUUUAAUAUUAAGUGAUGAAACAGUAUUUUAGUGCCCACUCUGCUCGUUUAGUAUUGUGGAAUCAAAUUAUCCACCAAUAUGUACAUGUUGUGUUUUACUGACUCAUGUUUCAAUGCUAAUGAAUGGUGUCGCCUCUUUUUAAAGUAGCCAGUAAGACACCAAAGCACGAAUAUAAUUAUGCAUAAGAUUAGUCGAGUUACGUAUUCCUGAUAUUGUUUGGUGCAAAUAUUAGUUUUUUUGUUGUGCAUUUCUGCCUUUCACUCGAAAAGUUUUGAUGUUUAAUAAUGACUUGAGUUUUAUACUUUGUGAAAAUUUUGUUUGCCUUUUAAAAUUAGGAGUUAAUUUUGUUCAUGUUCAGUGUCGGCCAUAUUUAUUGACACCUUCGGUAAGGAUGUGUAAGGACUAGUUUAUAUUUUAUUGCAGGAUCUCAUCCUGAAAAAUAAACAUUUAAUUUUAAUGCAUUUAUGGAGGGAGAAAAACUCAAGUUUUACUGCAUCUCCUCUUGUCAUCAUGAUCACUUUGUAACAAUUUACCAAACUGUAGUCGACGGAGAGAGGAAUGUUUGACCAUUGCUUUUAAAUAGAACAGUUUUUUUAGCUCAGCCCAAAGGUUUUCUUUAUGAUUUCAUUCCAGAAGCUUGAUUUUAUAAUCGAUUAACCGUUUGCGUGAAUCAUGAUCACCCAUUUUCACCUUUAUGGUAGCAUCCACCAGAUUAUUAUGACAGAUUUCCUGAUAUUUCAAAGAGCAAAUGGAGAAUAAAGUAUUAAGAAACAGGCCCAUAGCAUCACAGAUCCUCCACCAAACUGAACAGUUUGCAUGAGGUGCUUUUCCAUGUACUAUUUCUUUGUUGCACCAAACCCAUCUGUUGGUUGCUGAAGUCUUGACCAAGUUUCCAGUUGAAGUCCCAGCUCAACAUGUUUACGUUUUUUUUGUUGUUUAUUUUUCUACUAUUAAAUAAUCAGUUGGCAUGAAAUGAUUUCUAAUGGUGGAGACUUGGUGCAACUCUUUGCCGCAGUUCUCCCUCAGUGAACUGUGGAGUGUUUUUGGAGCUUCAUAACAGGAUCGAUGCGGGUUCUGAUCCAUCAUAGAGAGAAAUGGACCUUUGUGUCAAGUCAUAGAUAGGAUUCAGGGAAACAAAGUCAGAGAUUACAAAUUAAAAUUCAUAUUCAUAGAAACUUUGAAAGUAUAAAUUCAACAAAUGCCUUAUUUACAUUUAUUUUAAAGAGAUUUUUAUAGGCGUCAUCAGGGUGCCAAUAAAUGUGGCCGGUGCUGCAACCCGGACCGACCCGACAGUUUCCACUUUUAGUUUCCACCUUGAUCUCUGACCCUGUUUACUGUCUGCAUCAUGUCCACACUACCUCACAAACACAAACCUUAUAUUUGUGCUUUUAUUGGUAGCCGAUAUUAUCCACAGGAUGAAAAACUAAAAGAAUAUUUUGGUCUUUGAUUCACUGAGAAUUGGGUCAGAACGGCUGGUAUAAGUGGCUGUGCCCAACCAGUGGCCAAAUACUGGUUUCCGCAAUUGUUGAGAUAUUAUUAAUAAUAUAUUUGCCUCUGUAAAUGGAGAGUAAAGCUUCAUGAUAUGUAAUCUCCUCAACACUGUGACUUAUGUGAAGCACAAAGUGACAACGUUCAGUUAUUAUCCAUGUUAAAACCUUAAUUUAGCUUUUUUGUUUUUGCUGCUUGCUGUCUUGACAUGUUUUUGUUUUGUCUAACUUGUAUUUUUCCUAAUGGUCUUGUUUUCUCAUACCUGUGUCACGUUUUGUUUUAAAUUCUGCCUAUUUUGACUCCUGUUGAUCUGUAGCCUUAUUAUUGCUCGAGACGGUCUGCCACAAUCUUACUGGUGCGGUUCGUCUGUGAUAACUGAAUUAAAAAUAAAUAAAGCAUGUUAAUUCAC